GUUAAAUCUGGACAUAUUCAGGAACUAUUUGUAAAAUUGACAAGAAUAGCCAGCAUUGCAUCUGAUAUAUUUGUUGGAAGGGAAAGGUUUGCCACCAUUCUCUUGAUGAGAUUAAUGGAAACCGUUAUCUUAUGGUUUUUCGAAGAUCAAAACUUUUGGGAUGAGGUCGAAACUGGGGAGAGGACGUUAGGACCUUUCGGACUUCAACAGGUUUCAAUUUUCGUACCAUUUUCAAAUUUAUUUCCAUAUUUAUCGUUAAUGUUGUUCAGAAUGCAUCAGAACUUCUCAGAUGGAUAUGUGAUUGUGGCAAAAAAAGAUUUCUAUUUGGAUAUGGAGUUUGUGAUACUUUUUGCAUCUCAAGGA